AUGUCGCUCAGAAUAAGAGCACUCCGCUCCUUUCGUCACUCUGCUCCAUCCUCCACCCCCAUCGCCCGACCCCUCCUCCACCUUCGAUCCUACGCCACCCCUUCCCAACCUCCUAAACCAUACAAGAACUCUCCUCAGCCUGCGGGUCUGGAGGGAUUGUUUGGCGGCGCAGAUCGGAAAGAAGGGUCCACAUCGGCACCGACGCCACCCACCGUGGAACCGCAGGGCCCAUCGACGCCUAAAGUCCCAGAGACCGAAGGGGGCGCCUCGGCUCCAGCUGAGCCCCGAUCGCCAUUGAGCGGGCUGGCUGGGAAGAAGGUAGGGACGGGUGGCGGCGGAGGUGGAGGAGGAAGUGGGGGAGGUGCAGGUGGACCAGGAGGAAUGGGGGGGAUGACCCCAAAUCAGCUUUUGCUUGCUGUUGUCAGUACCUAUGCUCUUUACUCAUUAUCAUCGCCUGGAGAUACCCGGACAAGGGAGAUCACCUGGCAAGAAUUCCGCAACUCCCUUCUCGCUCGCGGAAUGGUCUCCUCGCUCGAAGUGAUCAACCGCCAGAAAGUCCGCGUACACCUUCACAACCCCAUCCAACCUUCCAAUGGUGAUGCUGUCGGUGGCCAAUCCCUCCCUUCCCCCAACACCGGUGCAGCCCCGUACCAAUUCACCAUCGGCUCUCUCGAGGGCUUCGAGAACCUUCUCCUCCAAACCCAGGACGAGCUUGGCAUUCCACCCGCUGAACGCAUCCCCGUGUCGUACCGUGAAGAAAUAUCGACAUUCCAGACGGCCAUGCACUUUGCACCUACCCUCCUCAUCGGCGGUCUUCUCCUCUGGAUGGCACGGCGCGGAUCCUCGAUGGGCGGCGGUGGCGGCGGAGGAGGCGGUAUCUUUGGCGUCGGCAAGUCCAAGGCCAAGAUGUUCAACAAGGACGAGCAGGUUUUGACUCGCUUCAAGGACGUUGCCGGGAUGGACGAGGCCAAGGAGGAAAUCAUGGAGUUUGUCAAGUUCCUCAAGGAACCGGCAAAGUACGAGAAGCUCGGCGCCAAGAUCCCCCGAGGCGCCAUUCUCUCCGGUCCACCAGGUACCGGAAAGACACUGCUCGCGAAAGCGACAGCGGGCGAGGCGGGCGUGCCCUUCCUCUCGGUAUCCGGAUCGGAAUUCGUCGAGAUGUUUGUCGGUGUCGGACCGUCCCGCGUCCGGGACUUGUUUGCCAAUGCCAAAAAGCACGCGCCGUGCAUCAUCUUCAUUGAUGAAAUCGACGCGAUCGGAAAGGCAAGAGGCAAGGGCGGAAGUUUCGGGGGCAAUGACGAGCGCGAGUCGACGCUGAAUCAGCUUCUCGUCGAGAUGGACGGGUUCGGGACGACCGAGCACGUCGUCAUUCUGGCGGGAACCAACCGGGUCGACGUGCUCGACAGCGCACUGCUCCGUCCUGGUCGUUUCGAUCGGAACAUUGCCGUCGACCGGCCGGAUAUCGGCGGUCGGCGCCAGAUCUUUAUGGUCCAUCUCGGACCCAUCACGAUGAAUGCCGACCUGGAAAUGUCGAGCAUCGCCGAGAAGCUCGCGCUCCUCACGCCGGGCUUUUCGGGUGCCGACAUUGCCAACGUGUGUAACGAGGCGGCAUUGCGCGCGGCUCGGCGCGGCGGGGAUGACGUGACGGAGGAGGACUUUGACGGGGCGAUUGAGCGGGUGAUUGCGGGAUUGGAGCGCAAGUCGAGGGUGCUGGGCAAGGACGAGAAGAAGACGGUGGCGUAUCAUGAGGCAGGACAUGCCGUGUGCGGAUGGUACCUCGAGCACGCGGACCCUUUGCUCAAGGUCUCGAUCAUUCCCCGCGGUGUCGGCGCUCUCGGUUAUGCUCAGUACCUCCCCAAAGAACGCUUCCUCUUCUCAACCGACCAGCUCAUGGACCGCAUGAGCAUGACGCUCGGCGGCCGUGUCGCCGAAGAAAUCUUUUUCGGGCGAAUCACCACCGGCGCGCAGGACGAUCUCCAGAAAAUCACCAAGAUGGCAUUCGAGGUGUGUGCCAACUAUGGUAUGAACCCCGAUAUCGGACCCAUCUCGUACGGAAACCGAGAUCAGCAGGGCGAGGGGUUCCAGAAGCCAUUCUCGGAAGCUACGGCCCAGAGGCUGGAUGAGGCCGUCAAGAAUAUGGUGGUGGAGGCGCACCGGCGAACGACCGAGUUGUUGACGGAGCGCAAGAAGGAGGUGGAGCAGGUGGCGAGGCUGUUGUUGGAGAAGGAGGUGAUCACACGGGAGGAUAUGAGGUUGUUGUUGGGUCCAAGACCGUUUGAGGCUGCUGAUGAGAUGGACGUGUAUAUCGAGAAGCAGCUGGGCAAGAAGCAGCGCAAGUCGGAGCAAGCGCAGGAAGCGGCAGAGUCGGGUGGAUCGGGCGGACCGGGCGACGGGGCACAGCCGCAGCUCGCGAUGAAGCCGACGAAGCUGGACUAG